CGCCAACGUUAAACUUGUCUUCUACCACACAUAAAGGAUAAGAAGAAUAAAAAUUACCAAGAUGGUUUCCCACUUUUAUGACUUUGCGCCUCUAGAUAGAACUGGUAAACCCUUUCCUUUUAGUGAGUUGAAGGGUAAAGUUGUUUUGGUUGUCAACACUGCCAGUAAGUGUGGCUUUACUCCCCAAUUUAAAGGUUUGGAGAAUCUAUACCAAAAGUUCAAGGACCGUGGCUUUAUUGUCAUCGGCUUCCCUUGCAACCAAUUUGGUGGACAAGAACCCGGUAGCAAUGAAGAGGUUGGUGAAUUCUGUCAAAAGAACUAUGGUGUCACAUUCCCCGUUUUGUCCAAAAUCAAUGUCAAUGGCGAUGAUGUUGAUCCCGUUUUUCAGUAUCUAAAGAGCGCGAAGAAGCAGCUUGGUCUCGAAAGAAUCAAGUGGAACUUUGAAAAGUUCCUUGUAAACCGCCAAGGUCAAGUUAUCGAGCGCUACUCUAGUAUUAGUAAGCCUGAGCAUAUCGAAAACGAUAUUGAAAGUAUUCUUUAGACGGUGUCCUUUGUUUUUUUUUAAUAUUCUUUAUUGAUGAUUCCUUCUAUUCUAAUCACUCUAUGAAUAGCCGAGAAUUUGCCUAAUCUUGACUUUUCUUUCCGGAUGAGUUUAAUAGUAUAGAAAGAAACUGUUAGUUUUCAUAUUUAUUUCGCUUCACCUUUAUGUUAUUGGAUGUUUCUUUCUUUCAAAUUCUUAUUAUACUUGAAAACUUGCCAUUUUUUACUUUUUCUCGUUCUCUCAAACGCGAAUACUGAAAUUGGAAGUUUAAACACAGUGGUCGUAAAGUAUUCAUUGAAAGAUAAUAAUAAAAAU